CCCUUAUCAUCUCACACCAUCCAUCCUGCACAUUUCUCUCUCUGCUCCCAAGCACCAGCCAAGUAAGCAACAACAAACAAGCACUUCCCGUUGCGAUACAUCGAGCUCCAUCCCCCGCCAAGAAGCUCUAGCACCAAACAACAAGCAGCUAAGAUGAAGAAGGCCUCCUCACUCUCCGAGCUGGGCUUCGACGCCAACGGCGCGGCAUCGGGCUUCUUCCGCCCGGUCGCCGACGGCCUCUCCACGCCGACGUCGCACCGCCGGAGGCUGACCAAGGUCUCCGUCAUCGGCGCCGGCAACGUGGGCAUGGCCAUCGCGCAGACCAUCCUCACGCGCGACCUCGCCGACGAGAUCGCACUGGUGGACGCGCUCCCGGACAAGCUCCGCGGCGAGAUGCUGGACCUGCAGCACGCGGCGGCGUUCCUGCCCCGGACGCGCCUCGUCUCCGACACGGACAUCGCCGUCACCCGGGGCUCCGACCUCGCCAUCGUCACCGCCGGCGCGCGCCAGAUCCCCGGGGAGACGAGGCUCAACCUGCUGCAGCGGAACGUGGCGCUCUUCAGGAAGAUUGUGCCGGCGCUGGCGGAGCACUCGCCGGACGCCAUCCUGCUCAUCGUCUCCAACCCCGUCGACAUCCUGACGUACGUGGCGUGGAAGCUGUCGGGGUUCCCGGUCAACCGCGUCAUCGGAUCCGGCACCAACCUUGACUCGUCCAGGUUCAGGUUCCUCCUGGCCGAGCACCUCGACGUCAACGCGCAGGACGUACAGGCUUACAUGGUGGGGGAGCACGGCGACAGCUCCGUGGCCAUCUGGUCGACGGUGAGCGUGGCGGGGAUGCCGGUGCUCAAGUCGCUGCAGGAGAGCCACAGCAGCUUCGACGAGGAGGCCCUGGAGGGCAUCCGGCGCGCCGUGGUGAACAGCGCCUACGAGGUGAUCAGCCUCAAGGGCUACACCUCCUGGGCCAUCGGCUACUCGGUGGCCAACCUCGUGUCCUCCAUCCUCCGCGACCAGCGCCGCAUCCACCCGGUGUCCGUCCUCGCCACCGGCUUCCACGGCAUAGCGGAUGACCACGAGGUGUUCCUCAGCCUCCCCGCCAGACUUGGCCGUGGCGGCGUCCUGGGCGUGGCCGACAUGGAGCUCACCGAGGAGGAGGCCAGGAGGCUCAGGCGCUCGGCCAAGACGCUCUGGGAGAACACCCAGCUCCUGGGGCUCUAGUACAUUAUUAUUACUACUACUACUGCUGUAUGGAUAGUCUCAUAUAUAUCAUGGUGAUGAUGAGUCGUGUGAUUCGCGAGCUCAUGACAGUCUUUUAUAGUUAAGUCCACUUGAAUAUACAUGUUAACAUGUUCAUAAAUAAAUUUUUGUGGUGUAGUAAUAUUGAACACUUGGUUGAUGUAACCAUCAUUUGCUCUCAUUAUUCAGUCUGUAACACCGAUGAGUUUUCAAUUUGUAUGCUUGUCUUGUAACUUAAAAUAAAUAGAUACAAUAUGAGCUGAUAUUCAAAUUA